GAAAUAUCAUUUGGGUGUCUCCUCCGUGGUUCCAAAAAGAUCCCCAAAUCUUGGUGAAAUUUCAUAACUUGCCAUUGAAACCCAAUCUAGGAAAUCAAAAUUGCCUCUUGGAGAUGGUGGUCCCUCAAAAGAGCUCUUCCUUGUCUUCCACUAAAAAAGUGUCAAAAUCAGAAACAAAUGGGUGGCUUAGAAGCAUCUCAGCCGUCCACAGCUUACUCGGGUCCUUCGCAAAACACUUCCCCAUAAAAUAUUUUCCUUCUUCGCACAAUUCCUCUGGAAUUUGCACCAACUCAUCUCUUCUGAUUCUCAUCAAGAGCUUGAAAAUAUUCACACCAAGGCUGUGAUCCCAUAUCGAUUUUCCACUCGCCAUCUUCGCAACCAAACACCCAAGAGCCAAACAAGAAAGAAUCACAAGGCUCCCUCAUAAGAUCUCAAGAACAAGGCCUCCUUUAAAUCAGAUCUCAAGUUUUGCUGGAUCGACUGGAAGAUGCGAAGAUAUGGCAAAGGGAAGAGAGAGAUGAGAAUAGAAGGCAGCAAAACAAACCAGAGCAAGUUCUUCUGAAUCAGUUAAUGAGGAGGCGUGGUUGGCUUCGAAACCCAUGCCUAGCGAUGGGUUCUGGAGCCGGUGUUAUUAUGAACUGGUGUCCACUAACUACAUCAAGUCCAUGAUGCAUUUUAAGCCCAUCAAACAAUAGUCAGAACCCAUGUCCAUUUUAAAUGUAAAAAUCAUAUCUAGUCCAGCUCACCAAAUAGGGCAAAGGGGCUUGGAGUAUGUGAAGUCUGAAAGUGGUACGCCAGCAUAAAUUUUUGAACCAGUGGUAUGUUGGUAAUUUCCGGUGCAUACAUGUCAAUUACGGCGUUAAAGCGAGUUGCCACUGUGGCUGCGGCAAGCUCACUGUCUGGGUUCGGAAACUAGAGGGGUUUCGAAACUAUGGCUGAACCCAAAUAAUCCCCAAAUCCUCAUCUCCUCGUGCCAAAGCCCUCGAAUUGAAAGAACCAUCCUCCUCCUCCAAAACCCUAGUUCUUCUUGAUGAUAAUAUGUUUUUUUCUCUGAGAAAUUUAUCCAAAUCUAGGGCCAGCACCAACUACCACUAUGUCUUCUCCUUGCUCAAUGCCAAUGGUUUUGUAAGCUCCGGUCCCUGCUCACCUUCUUCUUUCUGCUUUGGCCCUAGUGCUGCGUUUUCAACGACAUCAACCGCCUGCUUGAUCCAAGCCAAGGACGUCGUCCUCUCUUUCAAAGAAUGGUUCAAGAGCCGCAACGACGCGUUGCUCGACCACAUCUUCCAGAUCCUCAAGACCACCGGAGACGACAACACCGUCCUCGACCUCGAGAACUCCAACGACUUGUCGUUUCAUUAUCACCACCGCUCCUCCGCCGACUUGGCGCUUGCCCAUCUGAACCUCUGCCUCUCUGAGACCUUCGUCUUGGAGGUGCUCCGCUAUGGUAGCAGCGGCCACGACGUCCUCUCCUGCCUCAAGUUCUUCGACUGGGUCGGCCGCCAGCCCGGCUUUAACCACACCCGCGCGACCUUCCACGCCAUUUUCAAGAUUCUUUCUCGCGCCAAGCUCAUGUCACUGAUGCUUGACUUCCUGUCCACCUACAGCAAGCAGAGGUAUGCGCAUACGGUUCGAUUUCGCGACACUUUGGUGAUGGGUUAUGCUGUGGCUGGCAAACCCGACAUUGCACUCCAACUGUUUGGUAAAAUGCGCUUUCAGGGGCUUGACCUGGAUGUGUUUGCUUACCAUGUUCUUUUGAAUGCUUUGGUGGAAGAGAAUUGUUUUGAUGCUGUUCAGGUCAUUGCCAAGCAGAUUUCUUUGAGGGGUUUUGAGAACGAGAUCACUCAUUCCGUCAUGCUCAAGUGCUAUUGUAAGCAGAACUUGCUGGAUGAUGCUGAAAAGUACUUGCGUAAAUUGUUGUCUGACGGGAGGGCCGUCAAUGGGCAUGCCGUGAGUGUUCUUGUUGAUGCCCUUUGUAAGAAUAAUAAGUUCGAGCAGGCUGGGAAGUUGGUGGACGAGUUUCAGGGCGCUGGGGUGGAACUCAUGGAGAGAGUCUAUGGUGUUUGGAUACGUGAUCUUGUUCAGGCUGGGAGGUUAGAUGGGGCGUUGGAGUUUCUGCAUGACAAGAGGUCAUUGGAAGGGUAUGUGCCUGAUACUUUUAGGUACAAUACUUUGAUAUGUAGGCUUUUGAGGGAGGAUCGGCUUGAGGAGGUUUGUGAUUUAUUGAUGGAGAUGAAGGAUGGUCAGAUUUGCCCUGAUAAGGUCACCAUGAAUGCUGCCUUGUGCUUCUUUUGCAAAGCAGGAAUGGUUGAUGUUGCUCUUGAGUUGUAUAAUUCGAAAUCUGAGUUUGGGCUCUCUCCUAAUAGUUUGGCUUACAACUAUUUGAUCAAUACUUUCUGUGGGGAUGGCAGCGUGGAUGAAGCAUAUGAAGUGUUGAAGAAUUCUAUAAAACAAGAUUAUUUUCCGGGUAGGAAAACAUUUUCUAUACUUGCAGAUGCUUUGUGCAGAGAGGGAAAGCUCGAUAAGAUGAAGGAGUUGGUUAUUUUUGCGCUAGAGCGAAACUUUAUGCCAAGUGGUUCCACAUACGAUAAGUUCAUUACAACUCUUUGUAGAACUAAGAGGGUAGAAGAUGGUUAUUUAAUACAUGCGGAACUCAACAGACUAAAUAAAGUUGCUAGAAAGAGUACAUACUUUAACUUGAUACGUGGUUUUAACGAGUCAAGUAGGGGUGAUAUUGCUGCCAGACUUCUGAUUGAAAUGCAAGAAAGGGGUCACUCGCCGACUCGUAACCUGUUCAGAGAUGUAAUUUGCUGUCUAUGUGCUAUGGAAAAUCCAGAUAAGCAAUUUUUUAAUUUGUUAGAGCUGCAGUUGUGUUGUCGGGAACCUAGUUGUCAAAUAUACAACUUUUUCGUCUAUGGAGCUGGGCAUGCGAAAAGGCCCGAUCUGGCUAGACAAGUAUAUGAGACGAUGCAGCGAAGUGGGAUUGAGCCCAAUCUGAGAUCUGAUGUUCUUAUGUUGCAGAGUUAUUUGAGGAGUGAACGAAUUUCGGAUGCUUUGAAUUUCUUCAAUGAUCUGCACCAGAGAAGGGAAAUUGGGAGAAGAUUAUACAGCACAAUGAUUGUUGGUCUCUGCAAGGUCAAAAGGGUGGAUAUUGCACUUGACUUCUUGAAGGAAAUGAGAGAGAAGGGAGUGGUUCCAAGCGAUGACUGUUAUGAGUUUCUUAUACAGUUGUCGUGCUGGAAUCAAGGAUAUCAUAUAGCAGUAAAUCUCAUUAAUGACUUGGAGAAAGUUGGCCGCCAUAUUACAUCCUUUACUGGUAACAUACUUCUGUUGCAUUCUCUGAAAAGUCAAGAGCUCUACGACGCUUGGGUUCAACUGAGACAGGUGCCAAAUGAGAAGUCUGAUAGUUCAAUGCUUGGUCUGCUUAUUGGUGCAUUUUCUGGUCGUGUCAGGUUGAGCCAAGAUAUUGAGAAUUUGGAAGAAGUAAUUGAAAAGUGCUUUCCGUUAGAUGUGUACACAUACAAUUUGUUGCUGAGAAGACUAAGCGAGACUAAUAUGGACCGUGCUUGUGCAUUGUUCUAUAAGAUGUGCCAGAAAGGGUAUGAGCCGAACCGGUGGACUUAUGACACCUUAGUACAAGGUUUUCUUAAACAUGGGAGGACUUCUGAGGCAAGGAGAUGGUUAGAAGUGAUGUACCGGAAAGGGUUUCAUCCAACAGAGCGUACGAAGCUAUUCAUUUGAUUGGUUUUCAUUGAAGUCACUAGUGCAGUGCCUGACAUUUACUAGACAUUACACAGUUGCAAAGUUUAUACAAGUUUUGCCGCAUGAUAAUAUAUUUCAUACCUUGGUAAGAUUGUAUAGAUGGAGCAGUUAGAUUUGUGUGAUUUUUUUUUUUAUCAACUGCUAGCCUAAAGUUAUAGUGAUACAUGCUAGUUUCAAUUAAUUUCUUCUUCGUUGUACUCUGUUUGGUGACUUACUACAAAUCCAUUGCCACAUGUAUGAUGCAUGGGCAAGACUAUCUGGCCAGAUUGCCUUUUUGUUGAUAUUUUCCAUGGUGUGUUCGACAAUCUUGGAACUCUAAGGUUGUUGUUCACAGAUUUAGCAAAUAGGGAUGAUACAAAACUAUUGUCUUUGUUUCUUA